AGGGAACCGCUCGAACCGCUAGAGGGCUCAGAAGGAGCAGCAGGAGUACGCCCUCGUCCGUGUCGCGCUUUGUGUAUAUCUAGAUUUUCUGUUUAAAUGUUGAUAUUGUUUGGAGAAAAUGGAUUUUGGUGAGCUAUUUGACGAACGAACGUUUCCAUUUUCGGACUUUCAGGAGUUUACGUUUCUACCCGGACACCAGCAACUGGCAGACCGUGUUCGAAAGCGUUUAUACUAUGGCCUUGAUCCGGAUAGUUCGUUGGAUACCCUGUCAUGCCCAGUGACAGACAUUGCCGUGGAGCUGCUCCAAAAAUCUGCACCAAGCCCAAUCCGCAAACUCCAGAAAAAAUAUGCUGCCCAUGUAGCCAGGGAAGCCUGCAUUUCGCCCUGUGCGAUGAUGCUGGCCCUGGUGUACAUUGAGAGACUACGACACAGAAACCCUGAAUACCUGCAACAGAUCUCCUCCUCAGACCUCUUUCUGAUAUCCAUGAUGGUGGCCAGUAAGUACCUGUACGAUGAAGGUGAAGAGGAAGAGGUUUUUAAUGACGAAUGGGGAGCCGCGGGGAAACUGGACGUGCAGACUGUCAACAACCUGGAGAUGAACUUCCUCAAUGCUAUUGAAUGGAGCCUGUACACGGACCCUAGUGAGUUGUUUGACAUCCUGACUCAACUGGAAGCAAGCAUUGCAGAGCGGCAGGGCAUAAAGCGAGGCUGGUUCACCUACACGGAUCUGUGUGUGCUGUUGGAGCAGUCGUCAUGGCGACAGGCUCUGACUGCCAUCUAUCUACACUUUACCAAGGUGGCCUGCAUGAUGGGCCUCCUGUACCUGACCAGCGUGGCCAGUCUGAUCGCUGUCUCCUCCGUGCUUCACCAGCUCAGCACCAGCUCCAGCUCCAGCUCCACCCGCGUCGUCCACCUCCUGGACUCCCCCCUUCUCGUCCCAGCGUCGCCCGCAGGCCACCCCAACUGUUGUGUCCCGGACAACGAGAGUCAGGACCACCACGACCACCACCCCGACGACCCCUUUGCCUCCUCACCUUUCCCCAUCCUCUCCGACACCCGCCCGGCCUCUGCACUUUCGCCGAACUCGGUGCUCUGUUUCUGGGACACGCUUCUCUCCUCUCUGGCCUUCUCUGAUCCAGCUCUACCUCCCCUGCCGAAACCCCAGGCCGUGUUCCCUUCCUUCCUGCUCGGUGCAGCCUGCUCAGACCAGCACCACCCCCUUCAGUGUGCCACUGCCCAGAACGCGUCAAUCUCUCACUGCGGUCGCUGGAACCCCUCCGCACUCCUGGGUCCCUGGUUCCCUCCUCCAGCCCUGCUCAGUGGCUCGCCCCUGGCCCAGAACCCCCCCCACCAGAGCAGAUGGGUGUCCCUGUCGGGGCACACGUGCUGCCCACACACCUCGCUGCCCUUUGGGAAGGUCCCAGCCCUGCUUGUCCCUGGUUAGGCAGGGCUCACCUUACUGAGGAGAGGCUUUACACAGAAUCUAAACCAGCGCAAUUGCAUUUCUCCCCUCCCUGCGCCAUGUCCCCUGCGGAAUUCAACUUACGACACAACCAACCUUUAUAAAAUGAUAGUGCUCCCUAUUACGGCCCUCGAUUUUUCAGUCAUUUCUUUUCAACAAUUUUUGCCUGCAAGGCAACAGGCCUAGUCACAUGUCAGAACCCCUGUCGUAAUUGAAGUGGCAUGAUAGAUUAUGUUAAAUGAAGUUCACCAGGAAACUUUGUAGCUCAGAGAUACUGCAGGAUGUGGAGAGCUCUAGCAGGUAGUAGAAGACUUUGUUGACCAGUGUCUGUCCUGGUGUUGUAAGGAACAGUGGUGGCUUUGCUGUGUGUGUGUGUGUGUGUGUGUGUGCGUGCCAUAGACCGUUCUAUACAGUCUAUGGUGUGCGUGCGUGUGUGUGAGCAUGCUCUUUGCUUCGUUGGCUCAGCUUCUUAAGGGGUGAUUUGAUGCUUUGGGUUGAUGGGGCUUUUUGUGUUUGAGUGCUUGGCCACCACUUUAGAGUGUUUUGUUCAUUAACCCAGUUUGACAGAGAGAGACUCUGGAGUGACUUGUAAUUACUAAAAUGUGUGUGUUCUCGGCAGUUCUCGGGGGCCUGGGUUUGCUCCUGCAGUUUAGGCUCUCGGGUGAUGAGUGAGAUCAGAUGGGGCAGAGAGGGUUUUCAUUAAGUUUACAUUAUCGAAGGUGUUUUCCAAGGUUUGCCUUAACCCAAUUAAGCUGUUGGCAUAUCCUGAUAUGUUCAGCUAGGAGUUAAAUUGAAUCUUUUGCAAAAGGGAUUUUGUGUGAAUGAGUAUGCCAUGAAAGACUAUUUUGGAAGUCCUUGUUCAAAAUUAUAGUAAAAAGAAAUGGAUGACAUAGUCUGCUCCAACAGGAAUAGAUAAUCUUUCACCAUUUUGUUUUCUAGUCACCCUCCAGGUGUACAAAUAAGCACUUGUAUAUGUGGUUGUACAGAAACAUAAGACAAUGUUGCUCAAUCCAAUAGAGAGAUCAAAGAAGAAAUACCGCUACGGUGGAGUAGGAGCAAGGGGCAGUUCUUUUUUUCAAUACAGUCAGAGCACAGUUCAUAUCUGGCCGACCUGCUACUCUGUGGCGGAUUCUGUCCACCACUUCAUUCUGUAGAUAAACUUCACACAUGUUCUUCUUGGAAGGUCAUUUCCUAAGUGGACAGUUCCCAAGUUCAAACUGUCAUUCAGUUGUAUCAGAGACCAACACGAUGACUUUACAGAAACCGCUUCUGUUAGACUUGACCUUUUCCCUAUGACAUGGAUGUAUUAUUAGAUGUAUGAAGAAAAACAUUUAAAGAUUGGUCAGGAGGGGAGAACAACUUGUUUACAAAAAAAAAAAAAAAUCCGCCUCAUUUAUAGUUAUUUUUUCACAGAUCCAUGACCGAUGGGAUAAUGCAACAUUUUAUUAAUGUAAUUUGAAUAUAUUUUUACACUUAUUUAGCAUUUUGCCAACCAACAUCCACUGCACUGAACUGAGAAACAAAACAAAAAUGCCCAUGUUACUGGUGUCUGUUAGCAUCCGAAGUACCUCAGUAUGGCAUGUCUGGUCAUUCUAUCUAAUCUUCACCUACCAGACCUCAACAGAAAAUGUUAAGAUUGCUUUUUUUCCAUGUUUAUAAGGCGUUUUGUGGACAUAAGGAACCAUUUAAGUUGGAUUUCAAGCAACACAGCUUAUACAGCAGCAGACCUUGUUCUUUUUUCUCCCUAGAUAUGAUAAGGUAAUAUCAGUUGAACUGAACCUCAGUUGUUAAAGGAUAUCUGUUCAGUUUUGAAAACCAGAUCAUCUGAACACAGUUGGAACACAACACAAACAUGAAGUUGUUUUAACGUGCGCACUGUGCAUUAAUGUAUUUAUGUUAAUGCUUUGCAACCUUAUAUUUGCUAAUGCUACUUACUGUCCCUUUAAUACCUUACAAGGCUGUAUACACUCUGAGAGAAGACUUUUGUUUUCUUACUCGUGUGUGUGGACUGGAGUCGUGUGAACCGGGAGUGGUGGUCUUGUGCUCAGCCUCAUUUCACCUGUGGUCACUCCGUGUCCAGUACUGCCACACAGGGAUGUGGCAUAGACCAGCAGAAUCUGCACUUACAUUGGUCAGUCGUCAUGGGAUUAGAGACCCAACGCACACACAGACACGCACACACACUUCUGAUGUAGUCCUACGCCACCCAUCAUAAUUUGGAUUGUUUCCGUCUGCAACCAUGACGUUAUGUUCAAAGCAUUUUGGUUCAAAUGUGCCAUUCCAGAGUUUGUGACGAAGCUGGCAAGUGUAAACAGCCAUUGAUUAAGGGUGCACAGUAUCCUGUAGAUAAUAUGUAAAAAGCGCUCAACCAUCUGUAAUAAAGCAGCAGUUUCAAAAGUU